AUGGCUAGCCAACAUACGAUCGAGGUUCUGGGGAGGAUGCAUGCUCUCAAGCUCACAGCACUCUCUGAUGCCCAGAAUCAUGAGGGCGUGGACGUGGUUGAUCUGCUGCCCGGCCCCAUCUGGCACAUCAUCUUCCGCCACCUGCUGAAGAAGCGGGGUGACUCCUGGGGCGCAUGGCAGUGGGGGGGAGGCAGCGACUCGUAUGAGGAGAACUCGAGGCGAUUCGGCUCCUCCUGGCCUGUGCUGUGCUGUGGCAUGGCCAGCACGAGGCUCUUCCGUCAUGUCAUCUCCUUCUGUGUGAGUCAUCAUCAUGUGCUGCUCCCUUCUCCCUUCCCCCUUCCCCCUUUCCCCUUCGCCCACCUGCUUCUUUACCGCCAUGUCAUCUCCUUCUCCGUGCGUCAUCAUCAUCAUGUGCUGCUCCCCUCAUUCCAUUCCACCCACGUGCCUCUUCACCACCAUCAUGGUGCCAUCUCCUUCUCCGAGCACGAGCCCAUCCCGCUCCUAGUGAACACUCACCAGCCCCGGCUGGCAGGAAUGCUCUCCUUUUUCCUCACAAACGCCGCUCACACAUCCCUCAAUCUCCAGCUCCAAUCCUCCGACGACCUACCCAGCCUCGCCCGUCUUUUGGAGCCGGCCACUCUCUCCCUCACAGGCCUGUGCCUUGACGUGUGGGACUCUCCCGGGCCUUUGCUGGAUCCGGCCUUUCUCGGGGAGUUUCAGCUGCUGCAGCAGCUGGAGCUACGCCUUGGGAGUUGGCUCCUGGGCAACCUCAACCCAGCAACGUUCCAGGCUUGA